UUCACGUACAUAUAAAAUGAUAUAUUUUAUCUUUUUAGGGAAGUAUGUUUCAGUCUCUUUUGAAUUUACUGAUGGGCACCGUUCUACUUUUGCUGGGGCUCGCACUAAUAAACGGGUCACAGGUCAGAGGCACAGGCGGAGCUGACCAGAUCACCACUACGAGUUCUACUCCAAAUCAGCUACAAACUCCCCCAAUGCCACCAGUCCUUGACAACGAGACAUUAAGUCAUCCUUUGCCUGUGACCACACCAGUUCCUCAAACUCCUUUGGGAUCUUCUUCGGCCACCACAGCUACUGAACAUGGCGAAUCCACAACCUCUCCAAACCCAUGGGGCAACAGGGCGUUGCCUUCGCCAGUAGCUCGUCAGCGGUUCUGCGCCCUCGUGGAACCCUUUGAUAAGGAACUUGGUCACAGUAUCUACAUUUCAUGUUAUUGCGAUGACGUGUGCCAUGCCCUAGGUGAUUGCUGUUUGGCUUCUAAUCUGCAGUGCAACGAAAGAGACAUAAGUGCUAACACCAACACUUCUCCCUCAUCGUCGCCACCAAUAAUCGUGGGAGCCGAUGACUUGGAAUGUCGUUCGCAGAUAACUAAAAAAAGAAGAGGUCGUCUGGUGUCCAGUAGGUUCUUCUGGAUGAUAAAAGCAUGCCCAGGGAAUUGGUUUGACGAUGAGAUCCGGGAAAACUGUGAGAACCCGAACUCUACUAUCGAGGCAAGAUUGAUAGUGCCUGUGUCUGACCCAGUCUCAGGGUUCACUUUCCGGAAUUCCUUCUGUGCCAUGUGCCAUGGCGUCAAUCAGUACAAAUCCUGGACCAUGACCGUAGAGUGCAUUCUGUCGAACUAUGACGCCUUUGCAAUGAAAGCUAGAAGUGUGACGUCCAUAUUAGAAGCAGUGCAUGGACUUCCGGAUUGCCAUGGUAAAUUCUAUGAACCAGAUGGAAUCCCUGGUAGACCGUGCAUAGACAGUAUCUCCAACAGUCACGGGCAAGGUAUACUCUUUAGCGGUAACCCAAACGAGUGCUACAGAGAUUCUCCUUACCGUGGACUUUGCGGCAACACUUCAAUUACGGCUAUCACGCAUGUAAUGCCUCACACCACUGAAGCUUUUUAUGCCAGAAAUCAUUUCUGUUGGCUCUGCAGAUACACUCAUACGCCCUCAUUUGGUUAUUGCCCUGGAAACAGCGAGUCGGAUGUUAAGAAGUUUAAUCCUGUGGCGUUUUCAGCGCUUGUGGAUCCAACAACACCGGAACCACUAGAAUCGUGUAACUCCAACACAAGCAUUAUGACCUGCCCAAGUGAAAAGAUGCCGGAAGUGUGCGCGUCACCUUUCCUUUCUCUUGUCAACGUGUUGUACAAGCUGGUUAUCGAUUUCAUGGUCACCGGAAAUGACACCAUCGCUGAGGUGUUUGAUGCCUGUAAAUCUUUUCGUUUCCCACAGAAUCUUGUAAACCUUUUAGGUAAUGACAACAGUAAAACUUGGCGACCACAAAGGAUGGGUCAAAAACCUUACAGUUGCCUUGUUAAGAAUAUCUCCUCUAGCACCGUCUACCCACGCGAUCGAGAGGAAUCACAAUUCGUAGUUCAGUUAAGCCUUAAUCUUCUCUUGGCCAAAUAUAUCCGUAAUUAUGACGAAGGUUUCAGUUUGUUUGCUUCACUGCAGGAUCGGAUCGAAUCUGAGACAGUGGCUUACACAUACAAGGGGAACGCCUUUCCUCUGCGCGUGAUUCGUGAUAAAGCCCAUAACUGCGCAUCAAUUCAGCCGCCAGAUGCCACUACUUGGUUUGUGACGAAGGCGGCCAACGUCAAUUCUGCUUCUUUUUUCGAGAAGGUUGAUAUCAUCUUUGUCAUAAUGACAGGAAUGGCAGUCGGGUUGAUAGCAUUUAAUAUUAUUUAAUUCUCCCUAAAACAUAAAAGGACCAUCUGUAUGAUUCAAAAGUAAUUUUUUCUUUUGGAUUAACAAAAUUUACUAAAAUUUUACCUUUAAAAAGUCCCUCUAGGACUUCCAAACAAAAGACACGUCCCUUUGAUAGAUAUUGCUAAACUAUCAGAAUGUGUUACUGUUUAGUGUAUUCAUUUCAUUUUAAGAUUGUCUAAAAAUGCAAUUAUUUCGCAAGGGCCGAAAUUUCAUUGAAUGAAAUGAUGCAAUGA